CGACUCCAACUCUCAAUCGUCUUCUCCUCCUCGACGACAGUGCUCACCAGCCUCACUUCACAGAAAUCACCCAGCCUAUUACCGCCGUCGCGACCAACACAACGGCACCACAACGGCACCACCCAUAAACCCAUCCUCCUCGACGACAUCCCAGAGAACCCAGCUCCCAGAACCACGACGGCUCGAUUCUCUCCUCUUCGACAACACCACCGCCGUCGCGACCACCAUCACCCCGUCACCGCCGUCGAGGAUACUGCUACCAGCCAUCAUCCCUCCAAAAUUUAGGCAAAGAUCCCUGAUAUUGAGAAGUCCUUAGACAUUGUUGCCACUUUGCAAGCCAAGAAGGGUACUGAUAGCAUGGAAAUUUGGUAUUUUCUUGACAUAGGUCAUUCUUGGAUGAUUCAGAAUUUUUUCCUUCGACACCACUAGCUUUUAAAAUGAAACCAAAAACAACUGCUGUGCCUAGAGCUCAGAGAUCCAAAUCUUUUCAGGGGGAUGGACCUAAUUGGGUUCUUAUUGCUGGUGGUGCCUUGUUAAGUACAUUGUCAAUUCGUCUUGGUUACAAGCUGAAGCAAGCACUUGACACAAAGCCCCAGGAGAAUGCUAGUAAUGGAAGUGGAAAAUCCUCUGACCAAAGAAAGUCUGCAGGUUGCCGUGUGCACUCAAACGUUUAUUCCUUUACACAACAAAAUGAUGGAGGUUGCUUUAAUUGCAUGUCAGGAACUGAGGGCAUGAUGGAGAUGAAGUGCCUGCCCAAUGACCAGAUGCUGACUGAAUCUGAUGGUGCCUUGCCUUUAGUCAUGGUUCCAGCCCCUGGAUUUAACAAGGACAAUGGCAUUGUCUGGGCAUCUUCUCCGGAUUGCCUUGAGUUGCCUCCAAAGCCAUUCCUCCAGUAUUCAAACUCCUCAGAUUCUCCUUGUGUUUCAGAAUCUGGGUCUGACAUCUUCAGUAAGCGGGAAGUCAUACAAAAACUGAGGCAACAACUGAAGAGAAGAGAUGACAUGAUAUUAGAGAUGCAGGAUCAGAUUGUAGAGCUGCAGAGUUCACUGAACACGCAGCUGGCACAUUCUACCAAUCUACAGUCACAACUUGAUUCAGCAAACAGGGACUUUUUUGAUUCGGAGAGAGAAAUCCAAAGGCUUAGGAAGGCAAUCGCUGAUCACUGUGUGGGACAUGUGAGCCCCAUUGACAGAUCACCCAAGGUCACUAUUUGGCAACCUGAAGAAAGAAAUGGUCAUGUGAAUGGAUUUCCUGAUGGGGAAAGCAACUUUGAUGCAACCGAAAGAGGAAGAGGGGAUGGAGAGAGGGUUGAGAUGCUCAAGAGGGAAGUAGGAGAAUUGAAGGAGGUGAUAGAAGGAAAGGAAUACUUGCUACAAAGCUACAAGGAGCAAAAAGCAGAGUUCUCACUGAAAAUCAAAGAGUUACAGCAGAGACUGGAUUCUCAACUCCCUAAUAUUUUGUAGGAAACAUUUUGCUUUUGUGUAUUCUUUUGCUUGUUCUGCUUGUUUUUGUGUAUUCUUUUGUUGUGCUUGUUUUUGUGUAUUCUUUUGCUUGUACGCAUCAGCCUUACUUUUGUCUUCAAAGUAGGGCACUCGCUUACGACGGUACCGCUCUACUCACAACACACUUUUCCUUU